CCAGAAUGCCUGGCUUCCAGCGCGGCGCUUAGCAGUCAAGGCCCGAAGUCCAACAAACACCUUUAAACUUGUUGCAAAAUGUCGACAUGGAGUCGGAGCGGAGGCUGGACGGAGAGGUGGACCUAGGCUCAGUCGGUCUGUGAAGAUGCCGGGCUUCCUGUCAUUCAGCUACUGAAUGCUAAAUUAGACUGCAGGCCAACACAAGAACACUUCUCAGGAAACACACAGACCCAGUCUGAGCUUCCAAAGCUCCUCAUCACAACAGCCCUUUUGGGGUUGCUAUGGCAGCUGCUGUCACAGAAACCAAGUGCUGGACACAGGCUUGCCCCAGUAAGGCAGAACAGACCUCUAGUCAUUGCUGCAAGAGACCGUCAGACAGCACUUAGCAUUUAUCGUGCACUUUAACAAACGAUCCGAACUCCGUGGGCUGAUAGUACCGUCUCCUCAUGAGUUUUGUGUUUAUCAGCGCAGGCUCGUGGCCAGAGUCCCUGAGCAGCACAGCCGAAACCCACCAUUGUAUUAGACCAUGUUCCACCAGCAAGACCAUCUAAAGAGCCAGCCACAGGAGAGCCAUCCUGCCGUUCGGCAGCUUUUUCACUGCCAGGACUGUGGGAAGCAGUACAACACCCAGCUAGGUUACAGACGCCACCUCGUGGCAGCUCACAGUGCUGCAGCAGCCCUGCCCUGCUCAGAUGUUGCUCCUUCCCUGCUGGAGCACCUGGGUGGCCAUAUUGACAGGCCUCCACCGUCAGAGGGAAGCAUUAAUGUUGUGGUGCCAGUAAGAGAGAGGAAGUACUCCUGUGAGAGAUGCGACCGCCGUUUUUACACACGUAAGGAUGUGCGCCGUCAUGCGGUGGUGCACACAGGACGCCGUGACUUCCUGUGUCCGCGCUGUGCCCAACGCUUUGGCCGCAGAGACCACCUGACUCGCCAUUUGAAGAAGAGCCAUGCCCAGGAGACGGGGUUGAUGCCACCCUGUAGUUCCAGCACUCCUGUGGCUACACUGAGCCCCUCCACUAUGUGCCCAGUAAAAGAGGAGCCCAGCCCAGUCACCCCUGAGAUGGCCUCUGUCUCCAAGGAGCCCAUGGAGACUUUUUCCAGGGAAAUGUACUCCUCGUACCACAUGGCCAGUCCUGUCCCUGGCAUGGGCCAACCUCAUGGCCUUAUUCAGGGCUCCUUGUCCUCGAGCAUGGGUGUGGCUCGCCACAUGCCCUCUCAAUCUUCCCAACCCCACCACCACCACCUGGCACCAUCGGCAGCUCCGCAGCAGCAGCAUUACAGCAACGUGCCACGGUACCAGCACCACGGCUCUACCUCAUAUCCUCGUGGCGACGUGGACAGCUUCCUGCUGGACCUGCAGAGUGCCCCCACGCCUCACCUGAGUGCAGUAAACUCCUCUACCUCUACUUCUGCUUCCCCUCAGAGGGACGUUCUGGCUGAAGGGGUGAGUGCUGGUGUUGACCCACACUUGAUGUCCAGGAGCCCUGCUGUGCCCUCAGCUGAGCUGUCCUGCACCACUAACAUGGAGCUGGGACCCCUGCUGAGCUUCUUACCUUUCAGCCUGCCACCGUACAGCCCUCACAUGGGGAUGGGAAGCUUAGUGAUGAGCUAUCCACCUGCCACCACCACCACCGCGUGCUCUCCAUCCUCUUCCACCGGGCUGUCCUCCCAGGCUCCAGGGCCGUUCACCUUCUUCCAGUCUCCGCAGGCUAAUGCGCCACAGGGCCCUGGGCCCCACAACCACACCCAACUACCUCAGGCAUACAGCAGUCCUGCUAUGAGCACAUCCACUUCCCUACCUCAUUACUACCAGGCCUUUCAGCAGUAAGCAGCUGUCCCCGUGCAGUGCUCGAUGUCUUUGUUCAUGAAAAUAGUCAAAUUAAGGAACGGCGUCUUUACUGUAAAACAGAUGUCUUGUUUUAGUUAUUGUUGAACGCAACAAAUCACCUCAGCAGUAUUACCUCAUUAUUUAAAGUAAGCUUGAAUGUUUAAGAAGGUGUAGAUGUUUUAACUGCAACCAAAAUAUACUUAUACUUCUCCAUCUAGAAACAGUAGAUGCACUUAAUACAGGUGCUGCUCAUUGCUCUCACUGAGCCUGUCAUCUGUGAGGAAAGGACACCUUCCUUACUCAGGUGGAUGUGAAAACAUUGGCGCAUUACAGAGAGCGAGCACUACCGAAAAGACUAAGCCUCAGAGCACCUGUUUGUUUGACAUUUGGAUCAGCUUCCUGUCAAUGCCGUGCAUCAUCCGCACGAUAUUGACAAGUUAUUGUCUUUCAAAAUGAAGCGUAUUUUGUCCGCUUCAAGUUUCAGCAACCCUGUAGAAAUGUCUGUCAGAUCAAACAUCUCAUCCAUCUGACUGGAAAUGAAGCACAAUUGAAAUAGAAUGAGCUUUGUGACCAUUAACACAGUCCCUUUUUAGAAGCUUAGGGACAUUUAGUCAUAAACACUACACACAUAUGGUUUUAUCUUUUAUUUUUUAUUUUCACUGAAGACAUGCCAAAACACAUGGGGGGGGGGCUGCUCCACUGUUACCGAUGGGGAAACAGGUUUCGAAAUGUUCUGACUCUGAGCCAGAAUAUUUGACACAAUAGGAACUGAUAAGACAAAGUUUCCUUAGAGCAAAAUGAACUCAUUGUGCAGUAUUACCUGUUUUGUUCCAAAUAUUUCUGGUUUUGAGUUGUAAAGAGCAACUGGGUGAAUCACAGUUUGCUCUCCAGCUAUUCAGUUUCUUAAACCAUCUUGGAGUCCAGGUUGCUGGAGUCUGUCCCAGAGGGGCUGAAAAGUGGCCUCCACUCUGGACAGACUACCAGGCUGAAACACAUUACUGAGGUGUCAUUUAACGGCCAGUAUGAACAGGAUGCAGUAUUACAGAGAAAAAUCUGUUACUUUCAUAUUUAUGGGGAAUAUUUAAACAAACCACUGGAUCCCAUGUUUUCUAGGUUUGGGUGUGGUUUUUUUUUCAAGUCAGCUUAAUAUUAUUUGUCUCAUUGGCUGCUGCUGCAAUGACCACAGCAUGACGAGAAACCUUUUAAAUGUACACGUGUGAAUCAAGGGAUUGCUGGAAAUGGUAGGAAGUAUUGGUUGGACGGUGGCCGCCCUGGCUUCGUGACCUGACGUGGGGCAGCUGGGAACUGAUUUAAGCAGAAGCUUCACAUUCCACCUUGUUACCUGUGUUUUCUUUUUUCUGAACUGGACCACUGGAUGUGAGCACCGUUAGAACCGAGCACGAACAUCCAUGUGGAGCAUUUCUACCCAUUUCACUGUUGCUAUUAACACCGUUCUUCAGUGGCUGUGGUGCUGGACUCUGUGAAUCUGAUAAAAUUAGCACUAUAAGCACCCUCAUCCCUCUUGUCCUGGUCUCACCUUUGCUGCUGAUACACGGGGAAGCAGCUAAAGAGUGGAUGGUGUCACAGCAAAACAAGAAGCCUCCAGUAACAGACCCAGUUACCUGACAUUCACCCAAUGUGUCAGGGCUGGUGGAAUGGUUUAAGUCUUCAGCUGGUGUGAAGUGACUGAUGUGAUCUUUAGAGAGGGAGUCAUUUAGAUGACUCUUUCCUCAACCUUCAUUCAUAAACCCCUCUAAUUAGCACUGUGCCAGGCUUCACAUUGUCUUAAAUUGCUACUGUUGUGCCUCUCUAAGAGUGUCUAAUCUCGUGACUGGGUUGAAGCACUUAGGACAAUUCUCAAAAAGUUUGAAUUUGAUGUGUACCUCAGACCUGGAACUGUGGCUUUCUGCUUUAUUUCUGUUUGCUUUUAGUUGUUUGGACUCUUUUGGUGCCAUUAUAUUGAAACUUUAAAGGUAGAUUUGUUCUUUAUGUAGUUGCAGACAUAAUUCAAACCUUCUACCUCUACAUUGUCACGUAACUUUUGCAGCAAUCAUUAGAAAUAGUUUUAACACGAAGCAGUUUUUAGCACUGAAGAAGGGGAAUUGUUCAGAAGUCAUUCUGACAGCCUGCAUAUACACGUAGGCUCGAGUGCUAUAUUGGAGAGUCAUUUCUGUACUUGCCUUUAAUGAUAUUUCUACUUAUUUACUACCUCAGAUGAGACGGGAAACUGUCCAUCUAACUGCAGAGAAACUUCUCUGUGUAGUUUUAUUUUUGUCACAAGCACAUGUACUUUGUAGCUCUGUAGUUUUUACUGAAGCUAGCUGCUGCAGCUGAUGCUACAGCCUGUGCGUUCACUGCUCGUGCCUCGGCCUCUUUAACACUUGUUUCGGUUAGGGAUCAGGCCUCCGUCUAAAGGAAUUUCACAACUCUUUAUUGGAAUGUUGAGAUGAAAUUGAAGGGAGCGCUGACGUGGAAUAUUCCAAAUAAAUGUUCCUACAGUGAGCGUAGCAGAUUGAUCAAAAAUCUAAUAAGUCUCUAGAAAACAAAACAAAAUCAACAGUUGUAUGGAACUCUACAUACGAUACGUGUGAAGAACAAUAAGCUGGACAGCCACAGAGAGGCUGUCCCAAAUUUGGCAUAAUUGUUUGAGAAUGUAUGUUUGAAAAGUUUGCCAGCGAACACAGAUGGUCUUCACCUGAGCUGUGACUACAACUGGAUGCACUGCUCGCUGCUCUGUCGGCCUCUGAAGCCUAUCCCAGCUACCGUAGACCGAGAGGCGGGGUACACCCUGGAAAGGUAGCUUAAGUAACUAUGGCAAAUGUGAUCAAACGCACUCCAGACUGAUGGCGGAGAAGGGCAGAAACAAGGUUUCACCUCACUAAUGACUGUGGUGCCUGCAUUUAGCCCGGCUUUGAGAGCCAGUCCAGUGCAGGUUUAACCACCUUAAACUUAGUUACUUUUUGCUUUAGGAAUUUCUAUUCUAGUUUAAUAGACUAGGAGACUGUGACAAGAAAAGGAGUUGUCAUUUUCUAAUUAUCUGAACAUAAAGU